AUGAGAGAAUCGAAAAGAUCGGACAAAGCUGUGCUUAAAUAUCUGCUUGAUGAGGAGUUUAAGGAGGCGGCUAAGGCUUUUUGCAAAGAAACCGGUUUGAAAAAGAAAGAUGCAAAGGAUGCUAUUUCUUUGGAACGACUUAUCAGCGAACAGGCGGAAGAGAAAAAGGAUUCCGGAUGCGAAGAAAGUCUCAGUUCUUCUGAAGCAGAGCUUCCCGCAAACGAAAACCUGAACGCCCUUGCGAAGCCAAUUAUCAAGCGCGCCCCUAAAGACAGCUCUUCAGACGAUUCCAGCGAUGAGGAAGCCCUACCGAAACCGAAGUCCGCUGCUAUCGCAAACCGAAAAAAGACUCCUUUCAAGAAGAACAAGCCUGCGAGCAGCUCGAGUUCCGACUCUAGCUCCGACGAGGAGGAAGCACCAAAGCUUCAGAAGGCAAAGGCGAAGACCGCAGUCAAGAAACCUGCUUCUUCUGAUUCGUCUUCCAGUGAUGAGGAGCCAGUACCAAAAGUUACACCAAAGAAAAAGGCCCCACAGAAGCCGGCAAGCAGCUCGAGCGAUGAUUCUAGCGAAGAUGAAGCGCCGCCGAAGGCAACUCCCAAGAAGGUUGCCCCGCCGAAGCCUGCUGAUUCCUCGAGCGACGAUUCCAGCGAAGACGAAGCUCCCGCCAAGGUUACUAAGAAAGUUGCUGCAAAGAAGGAGUCUUCCUCAAGCGACAGCUCGAGCGAAGACGAAGCUCCAAAGAAGGUAGUUGCGAAGAAGACUGUUGUCAGAAAAUCGCUCGGAAAACCGCCUGCAUCAUCGUCUGAUAGUAGCUCGGAAGAUGAAGCUCCAGCUAAGACUCCCGCUAAAGCCAAGUUUGCAGCUGUCCCUCCUCCAGAUUUCGGAACACCGAUCGUCAAAAGCACUCCAUCAGUGAAGAAAUCGAACAUCAAGACUCCUGGAAAGACCACACCCGGAAAUGUGUCGUUUGGUGGAGUCCAGGAAAAGUUAUUCACGAAGGCGAACGAAAGCUCAUCCGACGACUCAUCAGACGAAGAACCACCCAAGGUGGUGAAAAAGACUGUCACACCUGUGAAGAAGGCAGCGAAGAAAGAAUCGUCUUCCGAUGACUCGUCGUCCGAUGAGGAGCCUCCUAAAGUUGUUAAAAAGCCAGCAACGCCAGCCAAGAAGGUUGUAAAGAAGGAUUCUUCUUCCGAUGAUUCUUCCUCCGACGAAGAACCGGCGAAAAAAGUUGUGGUAAAGCCGGCAACGCCUAAGAAGGCUGCGAAGAAAGACUCAUCAUCCGAUUCGUCAUCUGAUGAAGAACCACCGAAAGUUGCUAAAAAAGUAUCGACUCCAGCGAAAAAAAUUGUGAAGAAAGACAGCUCUUCGUCGGACAGCUCCUCGUCUGACGAAGAACCGCCAAAGGUGGUCAAGAAAGCUGCAACGCCUGUGAAGAAAGUUGUGAAGAAGGCUUGUUCUUCUUCCGAAUCAUCUUCUGACGAAGAGCCUCCUAAAGUCGCAAAGAAAGCGGCGACUCCGGCGAAGAAAGUGCCAAAGAAGGAAAGCUCAUCGGAUUCGUCUUCGGAUGACGAGCCACCUAAGGUUGUAAACAAAGUGGCCACUCCAGCUAAAAAGGUUACGAAGAAGGAUAGCUCUUCUUCAGACUCCUCUUCAGAUGAAGAACCGCCGAAGGUUGCGAAAAAACCAGCGACUCAUGUCAAGAAAGUUUCAAAGAAAGAGAGCUCUUCGGAAUCGUCUUCUGAUGAAGAGCCUGCAAAGGUUGUGAAGAAAGCAGUUACUCCGGCGAAGAAGGUGGCGAAAAAAGAAUCUUCUUCUGAUGAUUCCUCGUCCGACGAAGAGCCCCCAAAAGUGGUGAAAAAAGUUGCCACGCCAAAGAAAGUGACGAAGAAAGAAUCUUCCUCGGACUCCUCAUCCGAUGAAGAGCCGCCGAAAGUUGUGAAGAAGGCUACUCCAGCGAAGAAAGCAAUCAAGAAACCCGCUUCUUCAUCAGAUUCUUCGUCAGACGAAGAGCCACCGAAGGUCACCAAGAAACCAGCCACUCCCGCGAAAAAGGUGAAGAAGGAAGAAAGCUCGUCUGACAGCUCUAGCGAUGAGGAACCCGUGAAAGUCAAGGUCGAGCCUCCUAAAAAAGCAGCAAGCGGGCAAAAACGACGAAGAGAGGAGUCUCCCGAUGAGGAGCAAAUGGCUGUUACUCCGUCCAAGCCGCGAAAUGCCAAGCGAAAGCGCCAGAGCUCUCCAUUUAGACGAGUUCGAACAGAAGAAAUUGAACUCUUCACUUGCAAGGGCGGCAAACAGCUUGACGACCGAAUGGCUGUGGACGUCCAAGGAGGCGUUGUUGGUUGGGGAAAGAAGGCCCACGAACAGCUGAAGACAGUCAAGGGAAAGAAAUUUACGCACGAGAAAAACAAGAAGAAAAGAGGAAGCUAUUCCGGAGGUCAGAUCAACACCUCAGUCAACUCGAUUAAAUUCGACGACGACAUCUGUUUCAUAGCGAAAGAAACUGAACGAUCCCCAAUAAAUGCUUACAAAAACUCAGGAUCAAAGUGA